AUGGACGCGGCAGACGCAGUACACUCGUAUCUCUGCCCGCAAGAAGACACGAUCAUUAUCCAGCCCGAGGAAGAUAUCACGCAUUUCGGCACCGCCACCAAGAGCGCCAUGAAGCCUGUUCGCGGGAUCGUGCUGGCGGUGGGCAAGACGAAAGCCCUCGGGAAAGGAAGAGAUCCCGCCGUGGAUGUGCGGCUGGGCGAUAUGGUGGUAUAUACCAAGGGGAAAGGCAAAGAGGUCCAAGUGGACAAGGACAAGUAUUUGAUUCUGAAGCGGGACGAGUUGAGUGCUUCUUUGGACGAUCGGGGGAUCAGCACUGACAGGUACCUAGGGUUGUGGCGAUUACAAGUUGAUAUAAUGUUCGACGAUCUGGCUGGUUAUGACUCUUUCUAA